ACGUACGUAUCUAAGGCUCGGUGAGAACAGCGCUCACCAACUAGUGUCUUCAUAUUCUUGACGCGCAUUUACGGCCAACAACGAUAAAAGACGCCACGAUGCAGCAGUUGAUCUUGGUGCCGCCGCCGCUGCUGCUGUUGCCGCUGUUGCUGCUGGGCUGCACGCUAGUCCGGGAGGCGGCGGUGGAAGCGUCCCGGUCCCCGACCGCCGCGGCCAGAGCUUCGCCCUGCCUGGCCCCGCUGCAGUGGGAGGGGAGGUGGGUCGUGUACGACCACGGUACCGGCAGGAACAACCGGGCCGCGGUGUCCUACGACGGACAGAACCACAGACUGCGGGUUCUGCAGCAGCACAAGAAGCACACGCCGUGUCAGAGGUACUUUGAGUUCAUCUACUUGUACGAGAGCAUGGUGAUGUUCCAGAUUGACCAGAAGACUCAAGAAUGCGCCAAGGUGGAGCUGAGUGAGGCCUGGGACCCCUUCGACAUCCCUGACAACUCCACCUUCGAGGACCAGUACAUCAUCGGCGGGCCCGGGGACAACGUCGAGGUGCAGGAGUGGUCGGACAGGAAGCCCGCACGCAAACAUGAGACAUGGGUGGGCGUGUACACGCUGCGCGACUGCUACCCGGUUCAGGAGACCUACAUCAAGAACAGCAGCGUGACCACUUCUACGCGAUUCUUCAACCUGCAGCUGGGCAUCAGCGACCCCGACGUCUUCACGCCGCCGCCCGGCUGCCAGGCGGCCAAAGCCCGCAGGAUGGCCCAGACGCUCUGCUGAGCCGCUCCUCGGCUGCUCAUCACGUCCCGAUCAGGCAUCGGGAAGCGACAGUGAAACUUUUUUUUUUCUUUUCGCUUUUUAGUUCCUAAAAUCCGACCUAAACUAGAGGAGCAUAACUUUCGAGUAAUUUGUGUCCUAGUUUGAGUUUAGUUUUUGCCUAGUAUUCAUUCAUGUAAACAUAAUUCAAUAUGACGAUAUUGAGCACAAUCUUCAUAUAGUGUGAUGAUAAUAAAGCAGAUUAUUCAUACAAAAUCCUUCUCCAGAGUGAUGUCUUCUGAUUGAAGAAGUGAAUUGCCCUCACAUUGAAUGUAGUGGCAUCCAGUCAGUUGUUCGUCAAUAGGUGCCCUGACAUUGGCCGGCGACCAGUCCAAGGUGUCCCUUUCCUCUCGCCCCAAGUCAGCUGUGAUUGGCUGGCUUUGAUGAGGGGUUAGGGAAUGAGUAUAUGAUUUCAAAAACAGCAAAUGAAAGAAUUACUGCCUCAAAUCAGUACAGUUAAGUUUUUUGUCUGUUUUAAAUAUAUAUUUUGAUUUACAUGUGAGCAAAAAAAAAAAAAAGUGCACUAAAAAUGCCCACACAGUGACUGGGAAAUAGGGAAUGAGUGAAUGAUUUUGAACGUAGUUGCUGUUACCUGCGUUCCCUACGCCAAGAAGUUUUGUUUCCAAAAGGCUGGUGUAGUAUAUUUUAAUAGUAACGCAAUCAGAGUUCCUUUGCACAGAACAAAAGGUUGGAGACCUGUAUUCACGCCAACUAUCUUUUCUUUGUAAUUCUACAUCAAAGGACGUUCUUUAACCAGUUAUAUGUAUAUUGGGGUUUCCUGCUCCUCCCUGACAGAAACCUGUCUGGGGUUUACAACCGGGGCCAGGUCUUCAAAGAGGACUGUUUUCAUUAUCGCAGCAAAGGGCCCCAGGGAGGGAUUGACCAGAGUAAGAGGCACCGGCAGGCGAGUGCGAUUCCAAAUAUGGUCAUGAGGAGCACCAUCCUUCCGGGUGCACCCGAGGAGGCACUAAAGCCACUCCCAGGGAAGGAAAGCUUGAUAAAACAGAGAUCCGGGGGUUUUCGGGGGCUUUUUCGUCGUUCUGGCAAUGUAAGCAGCUGU